AUGUCGGUUCAAGACGGUGCCCGGUUUGACUUCAUCGUCGUGGGCGGUGGAACUGCCGGAAACAUUGUGGCUGCUCGGCUUGCAGAGAACCCGGCCGCUCGCAUUCUCAUUGUUGAGGCUGGUAUUGGCAGUUCCAGCGACAACGAGGAGAUCCGGACACCGGCCCAUGCCAUGGACUUGCGUGGCUCCCAGUACGAUUGGGCUUUCAAGACGACCAUGGUCAAGCGUGACGAUUACGAGCGCAUUGAAAAGCCCAACACUAGGGGCAAAGCCCUGGGCGGUAGCUCAUCACUUAACUACUUCUCCUGGGUUCCUGGGUCGAAGGGCACGUUCGACCUAUGGGAGCAAUACGGAGGCAAGGAAUGGACAUGGGAGCCUCUCGUCCACUACCUCCGCAAGAGUGUUACGUAUUAUGAUGACGCUGGGCUCUAUUCGCCCAAAUUGAAGAAUAUUGGCGGAGGAGGCCCCAUCCCAAUUGCCCAUGCCAACCUCAUGCCAGAGAUGGCAGGAUUCCGUGAGCUUCUCACUAAAGCUUGGAAGUCUACUGGGGAGCCUCUCUCAGAGAAUAUUUUCGAUGGUGAAAUGCGUGGCCUCGUGCACAGUGUGAACACCAUUUACAAGGGUCGACGCUCCGGUAGUUUCCUCGCUCUCGCUGGCAAAAAUAACAUCACUGUCCUCCCCGAGGUUCACUCCAAAGCUCUGAUUAUUGAUGAGGCCGACCGCACUGCCAAGGGAGUCACUGUGAUCAACUCCUCAGGGAAAGAGCUGAGCUUCUACGCGACUCGGGAGGUCAUUGUCUCCCAGGGAGUGUUUGAGACUCCUAAAUUACUGAUGCUGAGUGGCAUUGGUCCUGCGAAAGAACUCGCCCGGCACAACAUCCCAGUCAUUGUUGACUCCCCCCACGUUGGUCAGCAUCUCCUUGAUCAUCCCGGCGUUCCCUUUGUCCUGCGCCUCAAAGAUGAAUUCUCAAUGGACAACCACGUUCUUCGCAAAGGCCCUCUCCAGGACAAGGUCAUUUCCGCCUACGCCAAUGGCCAUGCAGGGGCUAUGGGAUCGCCAUUCCUCGAGAUGAUCGGUUUUCCGCGAAUCGACAAGUACUUAGAGAAGUCCCCCGAAUAUCGCGCUGCUAAGGCCGCAAACGGUAACAAAGAUCCGUUCUGCCCGUACGGCCAGCCGCACUUUGAACUUGACUUCAUCCCGUUGUUCGGCAGCGCCUUCCAGUGGCAUUUCCCUCAUCCUAAACACGGAAGUUACAUGACCGUUAUGGUGGACCUCGUCCGCCCGGUCUCUGAGGGAGGCGAGGUGACUCUCAACAGCGCAGACCCUCUCCAGCAAGCAAACAUCAACCUUAACUACUUUAAUAAUGAUCUUGAUAUCAUCGCUAUCCGCGAGGGUAUUCGCUUUGCCUACGACGUUUUGAAGAAUGGCGAUGGCUUCAAGGAUAUCGUCGAGGGCGAGUACCCGUGGGAAAUGCCACUUGAUGAUGAUGAGGCCAUGAAACGCACUGUUCUUGAUCGUUCACAGACCUCCUAUCACCCCUGCGGCACUGCACGUCUUUCGAAAGAUAUCCAACAGGGUGUCGUUGACCGGGGUCUCAAGGUCCACGGAAUUUCCAACCUCCGUGUAAUUGACGCUUCGGUUAUUCCUGAGAUUCCGGACUGCCGGAUUCAGAACUCUGUUUACAUGGUUGCUGAGAAAGGAGCUGAUGCUAUCAAAGCUGACCAUGGUGAUCUUUACCAGUAA